AACAUUCUUAAGUAUUCAAGCCUUAAUGCCUCUUUAAUUGUCCAGCUCCAUGUAAGAUUUACCGGUUACACGUCACCUCAGCGAUGUCGCGAGUCUCCAGCUUCUCGGCCUUGCAAAGAGUCUCCGGCUUCUCUCGAGCAUUCUUGUCCAUCCGCCAAAGAGGUCAUCCCUCUAAUGACUGGAACUCAUGUGAGAGUCUCUUUUCAUUCACGCGUGGCCGUUUUGUUGUAGACGAAGCAGAUCAAGUUGCACGGCGCUAUGUCAAAUUCAACAUGAAUGAACUUGCUCGGAUUGCAGCUCAAUCGAUAGGCGCCAAAUUUUGUAUUGAUAUACAAAAAUGCCCUGAUGGCAUGUACAACAAGUGUUAUGUCCUAACCAUGGACGACGGAAAGGAGGUCAUUGCCAAAGUGCCUAACCCUAACGCCGGCCGCCCUCAUUUCACUACAGCAAGUGAAGUGGCAACGAUGGAUUUUGCCCGUAAUGUGCUUGGAACACCGGCUCCAAAGGUGUAUACCUGGGAUUCUUGCGCAACAAAUCCUGUAGGUGUGGAAUAUAUCAUCAUGGAGAAAAUACCUGGUAUCCAGCUCAGGCAAGUUUGGAGCCACAUGAAACUCGUUGAAAAGAUGAAUCUUUGCCUUGAUCUUGCUCGUUAUCAAUCUGCAUGGCUUUCUGUGACAUUCUCACGGUUUGGUGGACUUUAUUAUACCCAGGACGCGCAGGAUCUUAACCCAGGGCAAAAAACUCAUCUUUACAUUGAUGAGAAAGGGCUGGCUUGGAGUGCGAUCGUGGACCAUGGCAUCGGGAAAAGUUGGCUAUUUCAACUUUGGGCACUUUGCCAAAACAGACGGUUAUGUGGGAGUAUCACGACACCCUGUCUUUGGCAUGACGACCUCCACGAUGAGAAUAUAUUUGUUGAUCCAAGCAACCCGUCCAAAGUUGCCGGGAUUAUAGAUUGGCAAUCUGUCAACAUUCUCCCACUCCUUGAUCACAAUCCUGAUGCUUCUUUCAUUGAUUAUGAUGGCCCAGAGCCAGAAAAUCUGGACCGACCUGAACUUGACAAUAUCGAUGAUCUGUCAGAAUCAGAAAAAGUAGAGGCGGUACGGAAAUUCCACCAGAAGGCUCUAUUCAUUGCCUCACGAAAGAUUAUGUUGAAAAAGGUUCCUAAGACGUAUGAUGCGAUUGAGUAUCAACGAACAGAGAGUUAUGAUCUACUUGUUCUAGCACGCCGCUUGCUCGAGUUUGGUGAAGCUCAUUUCCAUGCACUCGUAGUAGAAUUGCGUGAGGCAUGGGCGGGACUUCCGGCAAACAAUACCAACAUGAACCAUACCAAAGCUUUUCCCAUUACACCUACUAAGGAUCAAAUAGCUGAGAUCCGAAUUGAUUGUCAGAAUGCGAUUCGUGGAAUGCAGAUUAUGAAUGAUUUCAAAGUCCGACUUGGUCCACUCUGGCCGGACAAGGAUGCAGUAGGCCAUGAGCAGUACAACGCGACAAAGGAUGCCCUCCGAGUACUGAGAGAAGAAAUAAUACAGGAAUUUGGAAAGUCUGAAGCAGAUAAGAUUGGAAUAAAACAUCAAUGGCCUUUUGAUGGUUAG